GAGGACGAGGCGGUCAUUAACAGGUUUGGAUUCAACAGCCACGGCCACGUUGCAGUGGAGCACAGGCUGCGGGCCCGCCAGGAGGUGCAGCUCAGGCUCACUGAUGCGGGGAUGCCCCUCGGAGUCAACCUGGGCAAGAACAAGAGCUCUACCGAUGCCGCAGCUGACUACGUGGCUGGGGUCCGGACGCUGGGCCCUUUGGCUGACUACCUGGUUGUGAAUGUGUCCAGCCCGAACACCCCAGGGCUGCGGGACUUGCAGGGCAGAGAUGAGCUGCGGGACCUGCUGACCAAGGUGCUGGCGGAGAGGGACGCACUGCCCUGCGAGCGCAAGCCAGCCGUGCUGGUGAAGAUCGCUCCUGACCUCACGGCGCAGGACAAGAGGGACAUUGCUAGCGUUGUCUGCGAGCUCGGUGUGGACGGGCUGAUUGUCAGCAACACCACCGUGAGCCGAAAAAACGGCAGGCAGCGCACAGAGCCUGGGGGCCUCAGCGGGAAGCCGCUGCGGGAGCUCUCCACACAGACCAUCAGGGAGAUGUACUCCCUCACCCGAGGCCGGGUGCCCAUCAUCGGGGUGGGUGGGGUAAGCAGCGGGCACGAUGCCCUGGAGAAGAUCCGUGCCGGAGCCUCGCUUGUGCAGAUAUACACAGCGCUUGUGUACCACGGGCCGCUGGUGGUGGGGACAGUGAAGCAGGAACUGGAGGAACUGCUGAGGGAGCAGGGGUUCAAGAACGUCAUGGAGGCGGUUGGAGCAGAUCACCGGUGCUGA